GUUAAAGGUUUAACUUUACCUCCAAUGGAAAUGUUUUACAGUGAAAGACAAAAAUUGACACAACUUAAAAGUUUCAUCUCUCGGUGUCGUCAGUUUGAAGCACAAAUUUGUCUUAAUAGCACAAGCUGCAGUUUGGAAUCAUGGGAAGUCUAGUUGGGUGUUGCUCUGCUGAAGAGACCACGGUGAUGGACUACAGUUCCCAUCAGCCUUAGGAGCAGCAGCUGAGUUGGAUGAACGAGGAUUUUACCGUUUUCGUGGCAGAUGCGAUAUCACUCUUUCAUCUUCUUAGAACAGAUCAGACCUCAAACGGAGGAGAAGCUAGUUUUACACUUUUUCGUGGAUGUUUACAUCGAGUUCCCAGUUCUGACGGAACAUGACGGAUAAGACUGCUCCUCGGUGUCAGCUGAGGCUGGAGUGGAUCCACGGGUACAGAGGUCAUCAGUGUCGGAACAACCUGUUCUACACCGCAGGAAAAGAGGUGGUGUACUUCGUGGCUGGGGUUGGCGUUGUCUACAACACCCGAGAACACACCCAGAAGUUCUACCUGGGACACAACGAUGACAUCAUCAGUCUGUCCAUCCAUCCAGAUAAGGUCCAGGUGGCGACGGGUCAGGUGGGUAAGGACCCGUACAUCUGUAUCUGGGACACGUACGCCAUGCAGACCGUGUCCAUCCUGAGGGACGUCCACACACACGGAGUCGCCUGUCUCGCCUUCAACUCUGACGGACAGCGGCUGGCGUCGGUCGGGCUGGACGCCAAGAACACAGUGUGUGUUUGGGAUUGGAGGAGAGGACGAGUUGUUGCCACGGCGACCGGACACUCGGACAGAAUCUUUGACGUGGCGUGGGAUCCCUUCCAGUCCAGUCGACUCGUCAGCUGUGGAGUCAAACACAUCAAGUUCUGGAUUCUCUGUGGAAAUGCUCUGACUCCGAAGCGAGGGAUUUUUGGGAAGACGGGCGACCUGCAGACCAUCCUGUGUGUUUGUGCAGCUAAAGACGAGCUGACCUACUCUGGAGCUCUGAACGGAGACGUUUACGUGUGGAGAGGAGUCACUCUGAUCCGAACUGUUCAGGCUGCACACGGGGCAGGGAUCUUCAGCAUGCACUCCUGUGAGGAAGGAUUUGCCACCGGAGGACGGGACGGCUGCAUCAGACUGUGGGACGUCGACUUCAAACCCAUCACCAAGAUCGACCUGAGAGAGGCCGAGCAGGGAUACAAAGGUCUGUCGAUCCGCAGUGUUUGCUGGAAGGCUGACCGGAUCCUGGCAGGGACUCAGGACAGCGAGAUCUUCGAGGUCAUGGUCCGAGACCGGGACAAACCGGUUCUGCUAAUGCAAGGUCACAGCGAGGGCGAGCUGUGGGCACUCGACCUACAUCCCAAACAACCGGUGGCUGUCACUGGGAGUGAUGACCGCUCUGUCAGGCUUUGGAGUCUUCUUGACCACACUCUGCUAGCUCGAUGUAACAUGGAGGAAUCUGUUCGCAGUGUUUCCUUCAACAACGACGGCUCUCAGCUCGCUCUGGGCAUGAAAGACGGAUCCUUCACCGUGCUGCGUGUCAGGGACAUGACAGAGGUCGUACACAUCAAGGACAGGAAGGAGGUGAUCCAUGAGCUCAAAUUUUCUCCAGAUGGUUCCUUCCUGGCAGUGGGAUCAAACGAUGGGCUGGUGGAUAUCUACGCCGUUGCCCAGCGCUAUAAGAAGGUGGGUGAAUGUUCCCGUUCCACCUCCUUCAUCACCCACCUGGACUGGUCGGUCGAUAGUCGCUUCCUGCAGACCAAUGACGGUGCUGGAGAACGGCUCUUCUACAGGAUGCCAGCAGGUAAGCUGGUUCCUAAAGAGGAGGCGAAGGGGAUCCACUGGAUGACGUGGACAGGCGUUGUUGGGGCUGAGGUGAAUGGUAUAUGGCCCAAAUACUCCAACAUCUCUAAUGUGAACUCUGUGGAUGCCAACUACAGCAGUGCGGUGUUGGUGACCGGAGACGACCUUGGCCUUGUCAAACUCUUCAGGUUCCCCUGCCUGAAGAAAGGAGCCAAAUUCAAGAAGUACAUUGGUCACUCUGCCCAUGCAACCAAUGUUCGCUGGUCCAAUGACCUGCAGUGGGUUGUCAGCACUGGUGGUGCGGACCAUGCAGUCUUCCAGUGGAGAUUCCUGCCUGAAGGCGUCAUGAAUGGUGUCUUGGAGCCGCUUUUACAAGAGGGUUACGCCGACUCCAACAGUGGUGAGUCGGACUCUGACCUAUCGGACGUCCCAGAGCUUGACUCGGACAUCGAACAGGAAGCUCAGACAAGCUACGAACGCCAGGUGUACAAGGAAGACCUGCCUCAGCUGAGGAAGAAACUGAUUGGCUCUCUGAAGCGGCAGAAAGCUCCGGAAGAAGGGCUUCGUCUGCAGUUUGUUCAUGGGUAUCGGGGGUUUGACUGUCGUAACAACCUGUUCUACAGUCAGACGGGGGAGGUGGUGUACCAUGUGGCUGCCGUCGCCAUUGUUUACAACCGGUUGCAGCACAGUCAGAGGUUUUACCUCGGCCAUGACGACGACAUACUCGGCCUUACCGUCCACCCACUCAAAGACUACGUGGCCUCUGCACAGGUGGGCAGAGACCCAGCCGUCCACGUCUGGGACAUCCAGACCCUGAAGUGUUUAUCACUGCUGAAGGGACACCACAGCAGAGGAGUGUGUGCCCUGGAGUUCACAGCCGACGGGAAGAGUUUGGUUUCAGUCGGAAUCGAUGAUUGUCACUCCAUCGUUAUUUGGGACUGGAAGAAAGGAGAGAGACUGGCCAAGGCUAGGGGCCACAAAGAGAAGAUCUUCGUGGUGAGGAGUAAUCCUUUCAGGAUGGACAAGCUGGUGACUGUGGGGAUGAAACACAUCAAGUUCUGGCAACAUUCAGGGGGCGGCCUGACAUUUAAACGAGGGAUAUUUGGGAACCUGGGGAAACAAGAGACGAUGAUGUCUGCGUGUUAUGGUCGAUCUGAGGACCUGGUUUUCUCUGGAGCCACGAAUGGAGACGUUUACAUCUGGAGAGACACAACUCUAAUCAAGACCAUCAAAGCCCACGACGGCCCCGUGUUCGCCAUGUGCUCCCUUGACAAGGGUUUUGUGACGGGGGGGAAGGACGGAAUCGUGGAGCUGUGGGACGACAUGUUUGAGAGAUGUUUGAAGACGUACGCCAUCAAGAGAGCCGCUCUGUCUCCGUCUUCUAAAGGUUUGCUGCUGGAGGACAACCCGUCCAUCAGAGCCAUCACCCUGGGACAUGGUCACAUCCUGCUGGGAACCAAAAAUGGAGAAAUCUUGGAGAUCGACAAGAGCGGACCCAUGACGCUGCUGGUUCAGGGUCACAUGGAGGGGGAGGUCUGGGGUUUGGCAGCUCACCCUCUACUUCCUGUCUGCGCCACCGUCAGUGACGACAAAACUCUGAGGAUCUGGGAGCUGUCAGCCAAUCACCGCAUGGUCGCAGUCCGCAAACUGAAGAAAGGUGGGCGGUGCUGCUCUUUCUCUCCUGACGGGAAAGCUCUGGCAGUCGGUCUGAACGACGGCAGCUUCCUGGUGGUGAACGCCGACACUCUGGAGGACAUGGUGACUUUCCACCACCGCAGAGAGCUCAUCUCUGACAUCCGUUUCUCCCAAGAUGCAGGGAAGUACCUGGCAGUGGCGUCCCAUGAUUCCUUUGUGGACAUUUAUAACGUCCUCACCAGUAAGAGAGUUGGCAUCUGUAAAGGAUCCGGCAGCUACAUCACUCACAUCGACUGGGACUCUAGAGGUAAACUACUGCAGGUGAACACCGGAGCUAAAGAGCAGCUGUUCUUCGAGGCUCCUCGAGGACGCAAACAGAACAUCAGUGUGGCUGAGUUUGAGAAGCUGGACUGGGCGAGCUGGACGUCAGUUCUGGGUCCAACUUGUGAGGGAAUAUGGCCGACGCUCAGCUUCGUUAACGCUGCCUCCCUCACCAGAGAUCGCAAACUGCUCGCCAGCGGAGACGACUUCGGGUUCCUCAAACUGUUCAGCUUCCCGUCCAGGGGCCAGUUUGCGAAGUUCAAGAAGUACGUGGGUCACAGCACCAACGUCACGAAUGUCCGAUGGUCCAAUGACGACUCCCUGCUGCUGUCAGUGGGCGGGGCUGACACGGCACUGAUGAUCUGGAGCAGAGAGCCACCGGGACACAAAGAGAGUAAAGCUGUGGACAGCGAGGAGUCGGACGAUGACACCGAGGAGGACGGAGGUUACGACAGCGAUGUGGCGCGGGAGAAGGUGGUGGACUACGUCACAAAGAUCUACUCUCCCAACAUCAGGAACAUGUCAGGAACCAAACCUCACCUGCAGCACAAAGAGCUUCCUGUGGAGGAGAGGCCUCCAGUGAGUCGAGCUGCACCGCUGCCGGACAAACUGCUGAAGAAUAACGUGACCAAGAAGAAGAAAGUGGUGGAGGAGCUGGUCUUGGAGCACGUCUUUGGGUACAGAGGCUUCGACUGUCGCAACAACCUGCAUUACCUCAACGACGGUGCUGACAUCGUCUUCCACACUGCUGCCGCCGUGGUGAUCCAGAACCUGUCCGCCGGAACUCAGAGUUUCUACCUGGAACACACUGACGACAUCCUCUGUCUCACUGUCAACCAACAUCCAAAAUACCAAAACAUCAUCGCCACCGGACAGAUCGGUGACAUCACUGACCUGCCAGAGGCUGAAGUGUCCGGUCUGGCUCCAUCCAUCCACGUGUGGGACGCCAUGACAAAGCAGACGCUGUCCAUCCUCCGCUGUUCCCAUGCAAAAGGUGUUGGCUAUGUCAACUUCAGCGCUACAGGAAAGCUGCUGCUGUCUGUGGGAGUGGAACCUGAACACACCAUCACCGUGUGGAGGUGGCAGGAAGGCACCAGGGUGACCAGUAAAGGUGGCCACGCUGAGCGCAUCUUCGUCGUGGAGUUCAGACCCGACUCUGACACCCAGUUUGUGUCAGUAGGAAUUAAACACAUCAAGUUCUGGACUCUGGUUGGAGGUUCACUUGUGUACAAGAAAGGUGUGAUCGGCUCAGUGGAGGACGGCCGCAUGCAGACCAUGCUGUCUGUGGCGUUUGGUGCAAACAACCUGACCUUCACUGGUGCGAUAAACGGAGACGUAUUUGUGUGGAGGGAGCACUUCCUUGUUCGGGUGGUGGCAAAGGCGCACAGUGGUCCGGUCUUCACCAUGUACACGACCCUGAGGGACGGACUCAUCGUCACAGGCGGGAAGGAACGACCGACUAAAGAAGGGGGCGCUGUGAAGCUUUGGGACCAGGAGAUGAAACGCUGCCGAGCAUUUCAACUGGAGACGGGUCAGCCGGUGGAGAACGUCCGAUCUGUCUGCAGAGGGAAGGGAAAGAUCCUGGUGGGAACUAAAGAUGGAGAGAUCAUAGAGGUUGGAGAGAAGAAUGCAGCCUCCAACACGAUGAUCAACGGACACACUCAGGGGGGAAUCUGGGGUUUGGCAACUCACCCUUUCAAAGACGUCUUUAUCUCCGCCAGUGACGACGGGACCAUCAGGAUAUGGGACCUGGCUGAUAAGAAACUUCUCAACAAGGUGAGUUUGGGUCAUCCUGCCAAGUGCACGUCCUACAGCCCCAACGGAGAGAUGGUUUCUAUCGGCAUGGAGAACGGCGAGUUCAUCGUCCUGCUCGUCAACUCCCUCACUGUCUGGGGCAAGAAGAGAGACCGCAGCGUCGCCAUCGAGGACAUCAGGUUUGGCCCAGAUAACCGGUUCUUAGCGGUGGGUUCAGUUGAAAGUGCUGUGGAUUUUUACGACCUUUCUCUUGGACCGUCCCUCAACCGGAUUGGUUACUGUAAGGACGUCCCCGGCUUCGUCUUCCAGAUCGACUUCUCUGCAGACAGCAAACACAUCCAGGUGUCCUCCAGCACCUACACCAGACAGGUGCAUGAAGUUCCCUCAGGGAAGAUGGUAACGGAGCAGUCCCUCAUAGAGAGGAUCACCUGGGCGACCUGGACCAGCGUCCUGGGGGACGAGGUUCUCGGGGUUUGGCCACGUAAUGCUGAAAAGGCAGACGUGAACUGUGCUUGUGUUUCCCACGCCGGCAUCAACCUGGUGACAGGAGAUGAUUUUGGUCUCAUCAAGCUCUUUGACUUCCCCUGCUCUGAAAAAUUUGCGAAACACAAGCGGUACUUCGGUCACUCUGCUCAUGUGACCAACAUCCGCUUCUCCUGUGACGAUAAAUACGUCAUCAGUGCCGGAGGCAGCGACUGCAGUUUAUUUGUGUGGAAAUGUCAGUGAGUCUCGACAUCGUCUUCUCUUGUGAGACUGGAUUCACCUGAGUCUUCACCUGAGUCACAGCAGACAGGAAGUGUGAGCUGACCCGGCUUCAGACGCCUUCUACUGUCUACGUCUUGUAAAUCCAGAUGUUUUAAUGUGAAACGUUUGUGGUUAGAAAGUUUUUCAGUUUGACCUCAGUGAAGUAGCUGUUUGAUGUCGCCGUGUUUCUGUUUGUCAGGAUGUGCCUUCUUCACAAAGUCUGACCAAACAUUUGAUACAACUUUAUUUCUAAUGGUGGUGCUAUGAACAGAGGUCAUUUAGGGCUUUUACAGGUACGGAAGAUAAACAGUGUCCUUGUCUCGUUUGUUUUUGUAUCUCUCUCUGUCUGAUGAAGAUGAUGAUGAUGACGAUGAUGAUGAUGAUGAUGAUGAUGAUGGGUAGUGAGAAUUACAGUGAAGUAGAAUAAAUUAGAUCCAGAUGGAUCUUUGUUUGAUCCCAGUUAUAAAAACCGAAGCAACAGAAG